AUGUUUGACAUUGGGCCUGCCGUUCGUCCAGGGAGUCGACGAGAGUUUUCGCAAGACUUUGGAACCAGUUCAAUCUGUUCCCUUACCAAGAGCUGUCAUGUCGGAUCGUCGAUGCCAUACUCUUCUCCUCGGAUAACGGGUGACCUCCACCCUUGUUUUCAAUAUUUCCACGCAAGAAACAUCAACUGGCCCAAGCACUACCCAACAAUGGGAAAUAAACCCUGGUACCUGGAAAGCAUACCUGCGUAUGCUACGCUCGCGUCAGGGUAG